CACCUCAUACCAAACACACCAAAAACAUUCAAAACAAAAACUCUGUAAAAAUCUUAACCAUUCAACAAUCCUUCAAAGAGAUUCAAUUGGGUACAAGAAAGUUUCAUUUUUUUUUUUUGAAAAGCCAAAGAUCUGACCAGUAGUGAAAAGAGAGAGAAAAGAUGUGUGGUGGUGCUAUUAUCUCCGACUUCAUCCCAGCUACGGCGGCGGUGGGUGGUUCCCGCCGUGUGACUGCUGAUAUCCUGUGGCCGAAUUUGAGGAAAAAUGGUUUGAAGAAACCGUUUUUGCUUGACGAUGAUUUCGAGGCUGGGUUCAGAGAGUUUAAGGAUGAUUCUGAUUUUGAUGAGGACGAGGAUGACGAGGAAGAUGAAGGGUUGAUGCUCGGUGUCAAAGGUUUUGGUUUUGCUGCUGGCAACAACAAAUCUUCAAGGACCUUCUCUCGUGGAUCGAGUGCUGCAAAACCUGUGGCGCCGAAAUCAAAUGAGCCAGCUGAAAAGGCUACGAAGAGGAAGAGGAAGAAUCAGUAUAGGGGUAUCCGACAGCGUCCUUGGGGAAAGUGGGCUGCUGAGAUUCGUGACCCGAGGAAAGGAGUUCGUGUUUGGCUCGGAACAUUCAGCACUGCUGAGGAAGCUGCGAGAGCUUAUGAUGCUGAAGCUAGGAGAAUCCGUGGCGCAAAAGCCAAGGUGAAUUUCCCUGAAGAGAAUCCUAAUGCUUCCACAAAACGUGUUAAGGCGAGUCCUGAGACGCAGGUGGUGAAUAAGAAUCUGAACUCGUUCAAACCGAAUGGGAACACAAUGUUCAACUUCGGCGAGAAUAUGGAGAACUUCUAUUCCCCUAUGGAUCAGGUUGAACAGAAGCCGAUGGUUAACAACCAGUUUGCUAACGCGGGAGCGUUCGUGGGAAAUGGAUUUCAGUUUGCUGCUGCUGAUGCUAAUGCUUACUUCAGCUCUGAACACUCGAGCAAUUCGUUCGAUUAUUCUGAUCUAGGUUGGGGCGAACAAGGCCCGAAAACCCCCGAGAUUUCGUCUGUGUUUUCCGCUCCUGCUCCUCAGCAAGGCGAAGCUCAGUUCAAUCUGCAGCAGUCUAACAAUGCUCAGGAUAUGCUGCCUAUGCAAGAUGAUUCUGCAAAGACACUCUCUGAGGAGCUCGCAGACAUCGAAUCUCAGCUGAAGUUCUUUGAGAACUCAUUUGAUGAUAACUGGAGUGAUGCAUCAUUGGCGUCAUUGCUCGGUACUGAUUCAGUUCAGGAUUGUGGAAACACAAUGAACCUCUGGAGCUUUGAUGACAUGCCCGCCAUCUCCGGCGGAGUUUUCUGAACUAUGUCCGCCCCGCCUCGCCGAUUAUGUAAAUAAAGCUACAAGAUUGUUGGGUUAUUUAUAUUGUUGAUGGCGUCAAGAUCAAGAACAAGUUACAAGCUUAAGCAAGCGUGGAGCUUUAUUCUCUUGUGGCGAAUAAGUUAGUUAUAGUUUUUUUAUUAGUUUAUCCUUUUGUUUUGUCAAGAACCUUUUGAGGAUUUUUCAGUUUGAUGUUUAUAAGGAUUAUAUUGUGUUAUGUUUAUGGAUGAUAUAAUUGUAAACUUGGUUGUUUUUCAUUAUGACAAUUUUCUCCCUAUGUUUGGUGGGAUGGAUUUAUAUCAUUAUGAAUGAUUUUGAUA